UUUCUCAUUCUCACAAACCCUUCAACACAUCAUAUAAUAUCUCUUUCCUUCUCCCUUUACAUCACAAAAAAGAGCACCAAACACAUAACAAAAAUGGCUUCUUUGAAAGCAUCUUUGAUUCUUUUCUUUGCGUGCUCUCUCUUUGUUCAAGCCACUCUUGGGGAGAUCAUUUGUGAGGAAUUACCUACAAAUGUUUGUGCAUUUUCUAUUGCUUCUUCUGGAAAGAGAUGUUUGUUGGAAAACUCGGCUACUAAUGAAGGGAAGGUAGAGUACCAGUGUAAGACGUCAGACGUGAUGGUCGCGAAGAUGGCCGAGUACAUAGAGACUGACCAGUGCGUCGGAGAUUGCGGUGUUGAUAGAAACUCCGUCGGAAUCUCGUCGGAUUCCUUGCUUGAGCCAGAGUUCACCGCCAAACUCUGCUCUCCGGCAUGCCACCAGAACUGCCCCAACAUCAUUGACCUUUACUUCAACUUAGCUGCCGGUGAAGGAGUGUAUUUGCCUGACCUGUGUGACAAGCAAAGGAGCAACCCCCGGCGAGCCAUGGCGGAGCUGUCCAGCAGUGGAGCGGCGGCGGCAAGCCCUGCCACCAGUGAAAGCCUUGUUGCUGAUGCGCCGGAGUCUUCACCGGCACCAGCACCGGCUUCUCUGUAAUUUCAAUCGUUUUCUCCAUGUACGCAUAAUAAUAUAUAGUAAUUUGUUGGUUCGUUUUCCCAUGUUAAAUAAAGGAGAUGAAUAUGGUCGGAUUACAAUACAUUAGACACUCGUUUGUCGCACUAUAUAUGAAGAGCAUAUGUAAUUCCAUAAUAAUAUUUGGGUUUGUCGUAGAUGUACUAUUUUCUUUUCUAUAUAUAUAUUUUGUAGUAUUUCAUAUUUA